AAACACUAAGCUACAAACCCCCUUUUGGACUUUUAAAUCCUUCCCCUCAAAUCUUCUUCCCUUAAAUAAAAGUCCACCCACCAACCCAUCUCCUUAGAUGGCUUGUAAAAGCCAUUACUCUCUUGGACUUUUACACACACUCUUCUGAUUCCCUUCUACCUUUCACAUCAUCGUUGAUGAAUUAAUGCAGCUUAUAAUCAUAUAAUAUAAAUGCAAGAAGACAAUACUUGAUAUAAAUAUUUCAGCUUGGAAAGAAGGACUGAGUCUCCUGUAAACCCAGAAUAUACAGUUCAAUUCUCACCAGUUUCCGAUGGGGAAGAAGAACGGUGAGGCUGCAGUUCACCACUCCUCCAUUGCGCUCCUGCAAGAGAGAUUCAGGCAGCUUGAGAGAGUCAAGGAGUUGAGAGAGGAAAGGGAGCAAAUUCGAGCAUUAGCUGAUGCGGGAAGGAGUCCCAGUGCCUGUUAUGAACAACAGCAGCAGCAGCCGCCGCCAGCCACAUCAAAGUGGUUCAUCCACCCGGAUCUAAUCCAUCCAUCAAGACCACUGAGCGGCAGUCCAUCAAGAUCGCAUGACGAGCAUAACGAAAUUCAGAAUUUUGCAGCCUCCCUCUCCAUGCAGCCUCUCGGUUACGGUGAAGGGGAUGUUGAUACUUCUCUUCAUCUAUAGAUGUAUCUAAAAGUAUCCUUGUUUGUCCUACAAUUUUCCUUUUGGUUGAUAUAUUUUUGGCUUGGUGUGUUAUCUUCUACUCUUAUGUGCCACUGAUGAAGGAAAAUUAAUAGGGAUGACUAGGAAGCUUGAUCUUCAUAUAACUGCAUGCUCUUAUUGCAGUCUAUAUGUUGGUUGGUUGGUUGUACGGCUGAUUAAGAUUUGGAUAUUAUAUGACAAUUACAAGAAAUUCAUAGUAUAUCUCACAAUAAUGGUUCCAACAGUUUUUUGAAAAAAUAAUCACAUCUCUUACAGAGUUUUAGAAGCUAAUUUAACAUGAUUUUAUCAAAAAAUUGUCUGCUUUAAUCGACAGUAUAAUGCAUCACAUAGUGCUUAUAAUGAGGAAGAUAAAAAUGAGAAAUCGAGUUUAAAUGGCUAAAAGAAAAGGAGGUUGUGUGAAGUUGUAUUCAUUGAAUACUAAUAAUUUAAGCAAACAAAAAAAGAGGCAUUUACUACA